AUAUGUAAUAAAAUCUAUAAAAUUUAUAUGGUUGGUUGGUCCUGGUUGAUCCUGUUUAGUAUUUCAUUGUCAUAUUACGCAUAUAAACAUUUCAGUUAUAAUGGAAAAAAUUCCAGACCAAAUCGGAUAUUUAAUACUGACGGAGGAUGGCGCCGUCCUUGAAUCUGGUGGUGAAUUAGAAAAUGACGAACGCAUCGCUACAAUAAUAAUCGAUCUUAUCAGUCUGUCGAACACUGUUGAUCCACUGGCGUUUGGGCCAAAUGAAAAUUUCAAAAAAAUUUCCAUCACGUAUGACGACCAUUGGUAUGUGAUAUGUAUGUCAAACAAGAAAAUAUAUGUAAUCAAGCGGCUUAUACAAAAUAACACCGACGAAGGAAACGCCAUCGCUGUAUGAAGAAACAAUAGAAAACAGAAAC